CACGCCACACAAAACCACGAAACUGAAGAUGCAGCGUCUGAAAAAUCGAGUUGGAGAUAAAAUGAACUGACGAAAGUAUAUAAAGUUAAGGUCACGGAAUGUGGUCAUUCUUUUCAAGAGAUCCUACAAAGGAUUUUCAUUAUGAAAUCCUCGAAAUUGUCCCAGGUUUGGAAGAAAAGUCGAUUUGGACACUUCACAACGGAAAGAAAAAGAGCACAAAUGAACCAGUCUCCAUAUUUGCCUUUGAUGUAAAAGGCAGCAGUGAAUCUCAGGUGCAACUUGCAAAAGGAGCUUUGAAGAGAAUCAAAACUCUACGCCACCCAAACAUACUCACGUUCCUUGAUGGCAUUGAAACAGAGAAGGUUAUUUAUUUUGCAACAGAACCAGUUGUUCCUCUGGAAACAUACCUGAAGGACAAUGAAAGCCUUGGUGACCAGAACUCCCUGGCCAUCUCAUGGGGACUACAUCAGAUUGUAAAAGGGUUAUCUUUCCUGGUGAACGAUUGUAACCUGAUACACAACAAUGUCUGCAUGGCCUCCGUGUUUGUGGACCCUGCGGGGGAGUGGAAGUUAGCAGGUGUAGACUACAUGUAUCCAGCUCAGGGGCAGGACUCCGUACCGCCAGUCAAAAUACUACCAGUGCUGGAGAAGUAUGAUCCACCAGAGAAGUCGGACCUACGCAGGGGAAUACAUGGGGAGAAAUGGUCAUCAGAUAUGUGGGGCUUAGGUUGUUUGAUCUGGGAGGUGUUCAGUGGUCCACUACCUAAGAAUACAUCUCUGAAGUCCUUAGGGAAGAUCCCGAAAUCCCUUGUGCCAAACUACUGUGAGUUAGUAGGAGCUAAUCCAAGGUCACGACCAAAUCCAGCCAAGUUUAUAGAGGACUGUCGGAGAACCAACGGUUUCCUCAAUAACGCUUUCGUAGAUACAAUGAUGUUCCUCGGUGAAAUACAGAUUAAAGACCAGGCAGAGAAAUCCACAUUUUUCAGUGGAUUGACAUCAUCACUGGACCUGUUCCCAGAAGUGUUUUGUAAACACAAAAUUCUUCCUCAGUUACUGUAUGCGUUUGAGUAUGGUAAUGCAGGAUCAGCCGUGUUAGCACCCCUCUUUAAGCUUGGUAAAAAGUUAGAUACUGAUGAAUACCAGAAAAAGAUAGUGCCGUGUGUUGUGAAACUCUUCUCCUCUCCAGACAGAGCAACACGAGUAAAACUUUUACAACAGAUUGACUCGUUCAUUGACUAUCUCCAGUCAAAUGUUGUCAAUGACCAGAUAUUUCCCCAGAUCUCUACUGGAUUCAUGGACACGGUCCCAGCAGUGAGGGAGAGUACCAUCAAGGCAAUGUUAUAUAUGGCUCCAAAAUUAAACUACAAAAAUUUAAAUGAAGAGCUUAUGAAACACUUUGCACGUCUUCAAGCUAAAGAUGAACAGGGAGGCAUUCGGACCAACACAACUGUAUGUCUAGGCAAGAUUGCUGGCUGUAUCAGUCCACAGGUGAGACAGAAGAUCAUCGUAUCAGCAUUCCUGCGUGCACUAAAAGAUCCAUUCCCUCCAGCCCGGCAGGCUGGAAUUCUCGCCUUGGCAGCUACACAGAACUACUACCAACUGAAGGAGGUGGCUAAUAGAAUAUUACCUACCUUGUGUAGUAUGACAAUGGAUCCGGAGAAAGGUGUCCGUGACCAGGCAUUUAAAGCAGUGAAGGGAUUUAUUGAAAAGCUUGAAAAAGUCUCUGAAGACCCUGAGCUGGCAAUUGAAAUGGAGAAAGAUGUGAUGGCUGGAGGUUCUGCCAUGGGGUCUUCCAGUACCUGGACAGGAUGGGCUGUGACAGGAAUGUCCUCCUUAACCUCAAAAAUAUACAAGAAGGCCAAGCCUGGUACAGGAGCUCCAAAACAAUCCAUGUCUGGUUCUACCCCAAAACCAACAAACUCCAGGCCACCUCAGACCACACAGUCUAGUCCCAAAGAGGAGGAUGAACCUGAACCUUCCCAGGAGGAGGAGGAAGGCUGGGACGAGGAGGGCUGGGGAGAUAUACAGGAAAGUCCUGCAUCAUCACCCACAUCAAAGACUGAACCGAGUGCCGGGGAGGGCUGGGAUGAUGAUGAUGAUGAUAACUGGGGCAGUUUGGAGGACACUGGACCUUCAAAACAUUCUAAACUGUCAGUAAACUCUGGUGGAGGGAUGAAGCUUGAGAAGAAGUCGAAGUCUGACGACUUGGGAGGAGGAUGGGGCCAGGAGGAGAAUGAGGACUUCCUGUCUAUAGAGGACAGUGGUCUACAGCCCGCUAGUGCUUACAACUGGGGAGGAGCAGAUCAGCCGACUGAGACUGACUUCUUUUCUUCAGCAAUGGGCUUACCUAAGAAGAAAUCCCAGCCACAUCAGUCAACCAAACCUUCAAAUUCAAAAGAUACACAUUCAAGGGAAACAAGAGAGAGGUCUACACCGAGUGAACCAAAACCAAAGUCCAAAUCUAAGUCUCCCUCUCCACAGUCUGGAUGGGGCGACGAAACAGGAUGGGAUGAUGGGGAUGCCUGGGGUACUGUCGGGUCUACAAGUGGUACCACCACCACACGGGCUUCAAGUCAGCCGAGAGAGGUGGCACAGGGCCCAGCAGAUACACAAGGGUCAGGCUGGGGAGAGAGUGCAGGGGGCUGGGACGAAGACUCGUGGGAUACAGGGUCUAGUAAAAGUGACAUUGCCAGAAAGAAAAAGGAAGAACGAGAACAGAAGAGGUUACAACGACAAAAGGAACUACAAGAGAAACGAGAAGCUAAGAAAGGCAGUGGAGCUCUAAAGCUCGGUGCUAAGAAGAUGGCCAUGGACUAAUUGUGUUCAGCAGAGUAUAACUGUACUGUGAUAUUGUGUUUGUAUCGUCCUGACAAACUCAUGUUCAGCUUAUGCAAAGUGACUCAGACUUGUGGAUUUAGAUGGGCUUCGUAAAAUUAACAAAGCAACUUAAAGUGUAGUAAAUAUUCACUUAAUUGUAAGACAUAUUUCUUGUGUUUAACUUUCCUUGGUUUUAAUAUGAUAGGAAAUCAAAUUCUCAUUCUGAUUGUAAAUCAUAAGAGAAAUACCAGUAAUGAAAUGAAAGUACCAAAUGAAAAUAAGUCCUGACAACUGCAAAUGAUAACCGAUGUUAAAAGAAAUUAGAUUGUUGAUGAAACAGAUUAAGAUUUAUAAAAAGGAAACUUUUAGAAAACAGAAGAUAUUGUAAUAAGAUCCCAAAAUAAGAAAGAUUUUGUGUAUCACGAAGUCUUGUAUGCCUCACUUUUCACAUAUCAUAUGAAUUUGUUUCCUGUGUCAUAGAUUAAGGAUAUUGGACAGAGAUCUGAGAUUUAUUCUGUGGUAGCUGUACAUAUUAAAACCAUGAAAUAACAAUAGUUAUGUAACCCUGGUAAAUACUAGCCCCAAUAUACUGCUUAGCUAGAGAUCUUCUCGUUAGCUCGAUCAGUUGAGCGUAAGACUAGUAAGCCAGAGGUACGGGUUCGAUUCCUAGCCGAGGUAAUGAUUUAAAUUUAAUGGAUCAUGUGCUCUCUUACUUACUGUUAACAAUUUACAGUGUAAUUAGAAAACAAAUUUAAUAAAUUUUUUCCUUAUUCCCUUUUUUGAGGUAUAGUUUAUGUAUGUAAUAUUCUUUUAACACAAGUUUCCAUUUUAUGUGAGAUUUGUGAAAGUAAUCUAAAGAUUCCUUUUUCUUUCUCUUUUGUACCCUAAAUAGAAAAUCCUGAUCAAGCACUAUAAGUUGUAGUUAUUGAGAAAAUAUACUUUUCGGUAUGACUUUUUUCUGCCAUGUUGGAUUUUUUAACCUAUUUGUUUUCUUUGUACUUUGUACUGAAAUCUGUGAAGUUAUUUAUUGAACAUUGGCACGAGAGGUCAUAUAGCACAAUAACACUGUCAUGUACAUGUUCAGGAAUAUUUGUUUCAAGAUGGUGAGCCAAGGUGAUUACAGAAGAUAGCAGUGUAAUUACAGAAUCGCUUAUUUAUAAAAACAAUCUGACUGAGAAAAGUACAAAGUCUAACUCAGAAAUGACUAAAAUUAUUAUUACUGGUUCAACCUUUAUCAGUUGCUGUUUAGUUAAGUAACAACUGUGAAUCCUUCACAAAGUUGGACAAACUCCCUGAGGGCAUCCUCUUUUAAGCAAUAUGAUGUUACACUCACAACCCUAUGUUAUAUACAAACACAAAGGAAAAUGAUUUUGUUUAUGUUAUGCAUUGGCAUUGAAAGUCUGUAGCAAGUUCAGUUGAAAAUGUUACAGAUCGGGUCCAAAAAGUGAUGCAUUUUAGACAGACAUGAGAAUUUUCAGCUAAAAAUCUGAUUUCAGACUUUUCCCUUAUGUUUGCAGUAAUGUGACGAGCCUUGGUUUUAUAUUUUAAGACACUGACCAUGUAUUCUAUUAUCCUGCAACAGUUAUCAAAAAUAAUCAUUUUGAAGUGAAACGGUAUCAACAAUGAUCCAAAUAUGUUCAUCUUUAAAACGUUGUUUAACUUGGAAGUAGAUCAGUCAAUUUGAAGCACGUGCUAAGAUUCCAAAAUACAGCGGUUUUCCGUCACUGUCAUAUAUAGCAAAAAUAUAUAUGGUGGGUGUAUUCCGACAAGGUGGUGGGAGUAUAAAGAUAAAUAUAUGUAUGAUAAAACAUGCAAUAUGUUAUGCUGAAGUAAUAUUCACAAAAUGAUAGAUACACAUGUAUUUAACAGUUACAAGUGUUGUUUUAAACAUCACAGUUACAGUUGAAUGCUGUAUGUUUAAACAUCACAGUGACAGUUGAAUGCUGUAUGUACGAAUGAUAGAUAUUUAACAGUUACAAGUGUUGUUUUAAACACCACGGUUACAGUUGAAUGCUGUAUGUUUAAACAUCACAGUGACAGUUGAAUGCUGUAUGUACGAAUGAUAGAUAUCUAACAGUUACAAGUGUUGUUUUAAACAUCACAGUUACAGUUGAAUGCUGUAUGUUUAAACAUCACAGUGACAGUUGAAUGCUGUAUGUACGAAUGAUAGAUAUUUAACAGUUACAAGUGUUGUUUUAAACACCACGGUUACAGUUGAAUGCUGUAUGUUUAAACACCACAGUUACAGUUGAAUGCUGUAUGUACGAAUGAUAGAUAUUUAACAGUUACAAGUGUUGUUUUAAACACCAGUUACAGUUGAAUGCUGUAUGUUUAAACACCACAGUUACAGUUGAAUGCUGUAUGUUUAAACACCACAGUUACAGUUGAAUGCUGUAUGUUUAAACGCCACGGUUACAGUUGAAUGCUGUAUGUACGAAUGAUAGAUAUUUAACAGUUACAAGUGUUGUUUUAAACAUCACAGUUACAGUUGAAUGCUGUAUGUUUAAACGCCACGGUUACAGUUGAAUGCUGUAUGUUUAAACACCACAGUUACAGUUGAAUGCUGUAUGUACGAAUGAUAGAUAUUUAACAGUUACAAGUGUUGUUUUAAACACCACAGUUACAGUUGAAUGCUGUAUGUUUAAACACCACAGUUACAGUUGAAUGCUGUAUGUACGAUUGAUAGAUAUUUAACAGUUACAAGUGUUGUUUUAAACAUCACAGUUACAGUUGAAUGCUGUAUGUACGAAUGCCACAUAUCUCAGCUCCAGCAAUGUCCCCCAUAUACACUAUGUAUCACUUACAGCACAUCCACAUAAUCAAAGAAAUUACAUGUAUCUCGAGCUGGUCGGAUACUCUGCAUUUAAUUUCAUUAUCACAAAAAAUGUUGUUGUCAAACAUGAAUUUAUCCUUUAUAUUACACAGUAUAAUGUUCCAUUUUCUUGUGCUUGGGUAGGGAUAUGUGCUUUGUAUACAAAGUGAUCUUGUCUGUAAAGUGAUAAAUGGAUGUGUAUUAGAGACGGUAUAAAUCUGAUGUUUGAAUGUAAAUUGUUAAUGCUUCCGUGUAAGAAAGAAUUGUUGUUAGUGAGAUACUUAUUGGGAUACUAUUAAAGAUAAUGAAAAUUAAA